AUGGGGAAACAUAAGGGAGAAUCAUUGGACCCAGAUGGGCAUCCAUACGACUACAUCGUCAUCAUUGAUGCUGGUUCAAAAGGUUCACGCGCAAAUGUCUAUCGUACGCGAAGAUUCAAUAAUAAUAAGACGAAGAAUCAAGUCCGUGAUUGGAAAGAUGAAUCUGUGUCUACAACCACAUCAGACUCUGAAAAGUCUAAAAAGAAACACAAGAGUGAUAAACAACAAUCAAAUGAUCCUCCAAUUACAGAUUAUCCUGAAAUUAUUAGUAUGAAUGCUAAACAUGUUAAAAAAAUUAAACCUGGUAUUGCUUCAUUUGUUGAUAAUACAAAAAAAUUGAAAAAAUCUUAUAUGGGUAAAUUACUUAAAGAUGUUUUGAAAUAUAUUCCUAAUGAUCAAGUUCAUAGAACUCCAAUUUUCUUACAUGCAACAGGUGGGAUGAGAUUAUUAAAACCUGAAGAUCAAAAUUUAAUCUUGGGAGAAAUUUGUUCAUAUAUUCAAGAUAAAUUUGAUUUUUAUUUACCAGAUUGUAAUUCUCAUAUCAAUAGUAUAAGUGGUGAAAUUGAAGGUUUAUAUUCUUGGAUUGGUGUUAAUUAUAAAUAUGGUGUCUUGAAUGCCGCUUUAGAAUCAAGAAAACAAUCAUUUGGUAUAUUAGAUAUGGGUGGUGUAUCUUCACAAAUUGCCCUUGAACCAAAUAUCACAGAUUCUGAUAAUAACAAUACAGAUUAUUUAUUCAAAGUUCAUUUAAAUUAUUUAGAUCCUUCAAAUGAAUCCAAAAAUUCGUUUAAUGUGUUCAGUGAAUCAUUCCUUGGUGGUAUGAAUCAAAUUCAUACUAAAUAUGAUCAAUUAUUAAUUUCACAAAAUGAAACUACUGAUCCAUGUUUACCAAAAAAUUAUGUCACCACAAUUGAAUCCACCUCAUCAGAAACUGGUUAUGAAGAAGAAAUUCCAAUCACCGGUACAGGAGAUUUUGAAACUUGUGUCACAUCAUUAAAUUCAUUAUUAACCACUAUAACAUCAACAAAAUCAUGUAAUUUAACAUCAUCAACUUCAUCAGUUUCUUCAUGUCUUCUUACAGAUUCAAUGCCAUAUUUAAAUUUUAAUAUUGAAAGAUUUAUUGGUAUAAAUGGAUUUUAUUCAAAUUUAAUGAAUUUUAUGAAUUAUCAAGAAUUUUAUUCCAAAACUAAAAAAACUUGUUCAUCACAUUAUACAGAUUUAUUAAAUUCUGAAAAUGAUGAAAAAACUUCAGAAAUUUGUUUUAAAUCAAGUUGGAUUAUAAAUGUUUUACAUAAUGGUCUAGGAUUCCCAAGAUAUGGAAUUGAUACAAAACAAGAUUUAGAACAAGAAGAAAUUUCUGUUUUUGAUGAUAGUUUUAAAAUUUUGGAUGAAUUUAGUUGGACUUUAGGUCGUGCUGUUUUAUAUUCAUAUUAUGAAGCUGCUCAAGCACAGCAAAUUUCAUCUUUAGGAAAUUCAAAUGAUACUCUUAAAAUUGGAUUUAUUGAACCAAUAUCAAAUGUUUUCCAUUAUGGUGGUGAAAUUCCAGGUAUAAGUUCAAGACCUGAUUAUAUUAAAGGAUAUUCAUCAAAAUCAAAAGUUCAUGAUGAUGAUGACCAUGAUGAUGACACUGAUGAUGAGGACGAUGAUGAUGAUGAUUGGGAUGAUGUGUUAGAAGAACAUAGAUUAUGGGGAAGUUUAUUAUUCCUGUUAAUGUUAUUAGUUGUUGGUUAUUUGAUGUUGGGUAAAACUAAGAGAAAGAAUAUUAUUGAUACUGUAAAGAGAUUAUAUCAUGAAAAAUUUAGAUCAAGAUAUUUACCUGUUGAUCAUGAUAUUAAUGAUCUUGAAAUUGAUGAUCUUACACCAAGAAAUGAAGAGGAUGAAGAUAAUCAAGAUAAUCGUCAUAGAAGAAGUGACAGUUUUGAUGUAUAA